AUGUACCAAAGCAGUUAUAAGUUGUAUAUAUAUUUUUUAUCGGUAUUUUUAAGAUUGGCUACUACAAAUAUUCACACUAAAUAUGAUUUGAUAGAAAAUUUCUUAAUGAAAAAAUCGAUAGACCUUGUAGUUUUGUGCGUUUGUUGGAAGCAAAAUGAUAGAGUACAAAUAAUGAAAAAUUUAAAUAAAAACUAUAUCGCCGUUAAAUUUUUCAAUACUGAUGAUUUUUUUGUAAAUUUAAGUGAAGAAUUCAUGUUUUCGGAUAAUUCAUUAGCACUUACAAUCCAUUCUCCUUUCCUUGGAAUUAUUUUUGAUUGGUCAUGCUAUAAAAACGCAGAGUUUGAAUUUCCUAGAAAUUAUCACUGGAACUCGAGUUACCAUUGGCUUAUGAUAAUGGAAAAACGCGUCAGUUAUGAUAUUUCGAAAUUUUUAAAUCAGAAAAAAAUAAACCUUACCGUAGACAGUGAAGUUAUUUUAGCAUACCAAAUGGAGUUAAAUAAUACAUGGUUAAUUUAUGAUAUUUAUCGUACAGCAUAUGAACCAAGAGGUGAGCUUGUUAUUGAAGCACUAAAUUAUAGUUCAUUUGGUAAAUGGGGAAAUCGGUCAUGGAAGUUUGACAAACGGAGAAAUUUACGAAAUCUAACUUUAAAUGCAGUCAUUCCCAUCAACUCUUAUGGUAUAUCAGCAAAUAAAAACGCAACAUACAUUAAAGGAACCGAAGAAGAAAUAAUGAAAUAUUUAGUAUCCAGUAAAAGAGAUCGGUUGGGAUCUGUUCAAAAAUUUAGUUACGCUACAAUGUAUCCCAUUACAAAAGUGCUUUUAAACAUGACAAUGAAACUUGUUACAACAGUGUCUUGGGGCUUUAAAAUUAAUAAUACUUGGGACGGACUUGUUGGCUCAUUAGUAAACGGAGAAGCCGAUUUCUCCAUGUGCAUAGCUGCAGUGAGAACUGUAAGAAUGGAUGUAAUAGAUUAUUCAGCUCUAUCUAUAUGGACGUUUGAGCCAUGUUUUAUCAUUCGGCGCCGACAGUCAUCUUCAAACUCAGUGAAUAUUUUUUUACGACCUUUUAAUGUGUACGUUUGGAUUUCUUUAACAAUUGUCAUAGUAUUAGCCGCUGGCGUAUAUUAUAUUAUUUUUCAUUUUGAAUCAGACACACCAACGUUUACAUUAAAAACAUGGAGUGAUAUUAUUUUAUUGAAAAUCGGUGCUCUAUGCCAGCAAGGUUCAACUAUGAGUCCAACAAAAUUUAGCAAUAGGUUAAUUGUUCUUUUAAUAUUAAUUUUCAGUAUGGUUAUAUAUCAAUUUUAUUCAUCCAGUAUUGUAUCUGAAUUGUUACGUCCAAAUUUAGUAAAUAUUGAUUCAAUAAAAAUGUUAGAUGAAAGUGGAUUAAAUGUAGGUGUUGAGGAUUUCAAUAUUCUCACUGCAGUAAUACAAGCGCAUAUUGAUACAAAUCCCUACCUGAACAGAAUAAUAAAUACGAAGGUAAAUCCAAAAAAUGAAUAUCUUUUACCAAUGGAAGGCGUCAAGAAAUUGAAAAAAGGAAAUUAUGCAUUUUACACUGAUCCGGGAACUAGUUAUUUUCUUAUUAACGAUAUAUUUACUGAGAGGGAGAAAUGCGAUUUAUCUGAAUUACUAGUACAUGUACCUGAGCGCACUGGAUUUUUUAUUCAAAAAAGAUCACCGUACAGAGAAUUGAUAAUACAUGCAAGCAAUAUAUUACUUGAAGUUGGGGUUAUUAAAAAAGAACAUCAAUACUGGUAUGCUAAAAAACCACGGUGCAUUGAUCGAAACAGAGUAACAGAAGAAAAUCUUGUCAGUGUAGAACUAAAAGAUAUAACGUCGAUUUUUGCUUUUUUACUUUCUGGUUUAUUAGUUUCAUUUAUUAUUUUUACAAUAGAGAUUAUAACACAUCGAUAUGAAAUAGAAAAAAAACAAUUUGUUUUUAGAGUGAUUCAUUAA